AUGGCGCUGCGGCGGGGCGGCGGCGGCGGCGGCGGCGGCGGCGGCGGCGGGGCGCCGGGGCUGCUGCUGCUGCUGAGCGCCGCGUGCCUGAUCCCGCCGGGCGCGCAGGUGAGGCGGCUGGCGCGCUGCCCCGCCACUUGCAGCUGUACCAAGGAGUCCAUCAUCUGCGUGGGCUCUUCCUGGGUGCCCAGGAUCGUGCCGGGCGACAUCAGCUCCCUGAGCCUGGUAAAUGGAACGUUUUCCGAAAUCAAGGACCGAAUGUUUUCCCACCUGCCUUCCCUGCAGCUGCUGUUGCUGAAUUCUAACUCAUUUACAGCCAUCCGGGAUGAUGCUUUUGCUGGACUGUUUCAUCUCGAAUACCUGUUCAUUGAAGGGAACAAGAUAGAAACCAUUUCAAGAAAUGCCUUUCGUGGCCUUCGUGACCUGACUCACCUUUCUCUGGCCAAUAACCAUAUAAAAGCACUCCCAAGGGAUGUCUUCAGUGAUUUAGACUCUCUGAUUGAACUAGACUUAAGGGGCAAUAAAUUUGAAUGUGACUGCAAAGCCAAGUGGUUGUAUCUAUGGUUGAAGAUGACGAAUUCCACAGUGUCUGACGUCCUGUGCAUCGGUCCCCCUGAAUAUCAGGAAAAAACGCUAAAUGAUGUGCCGAGCUUCGACUAUGAAUGCACAACCACAGAUUUUGUCGUUCAUCAGACUUUGCCUUACCAGUCGGUUUCCGUGGAUACAUUCAACUCCAAGAACGACGUGUACGUGGCCAUCGCUCAGCCCAGCAUGGAGAACUGCAUGGUGCUGGAGUGGGACCAUAUCGAAAUGAACUUCCGGAGCUAUGACAAUAUCACAGGUCAGUCCAUUGUGGGCUGCAAGGCCAUCCUCAUUGACGACCAGGUUUUCGUGGUGGUGGCCCAGCUCUUCGGCGGCUCCCACAUUUACAAAUACGACGAGAGCUGGACCAAGUUUGUCAAAUUCCAAGACAUCGAAGUCUCCCGCAUUUCCAAGCCCAACGACAUCGAGUUGUUUCAGAUCGAGGACGAGACGUUCUUCGUCAUCGCAGACAGCUCGAAAGCUGGGCUGUCCACAGUGUAUAAAUGGAACAGCAAAGGAUUCUACUCCUACCAGUCUCUGCACGAGUGGUUCAGGGACACGGAUGCGGAGUUUGUGGACAUAGACGGGAAAUCGCAUCUGAUUCUGUCCAGCCGCUCCCAGGUCCCCAUCAUCCUCCAGUGGAAUAAAAGCUCUAAGAAGUUUGUCCCCCACAGUGAUAUCCCCAACAUGGAGGACGUACUGGCCGUGAAAAGCUUUAGAAUGCAGAAUGCCCUCUACCUUUCCCUCACCCGCUUCAUCGGGGACUCCAGGGUCAUGAAGUGGAAUAGUAAGCGGUUUGUGGAGAUCCAGGCUCUUCCAUCCCGGGGGGCCAUGACCCUGCAGCCCUUUUCUUUUAAAGAUAACCACUACCUGGCCCUGGGGAGUGACUAUACGUUCUCCCAGAUAUACCAGUGGGAUAAGGAAAAGCAGCUAUUCACAAAAUUUAAGGAGAUUUAUGUGCAAGCGCCUCGUUCCUUCACGGCUGUCUCCACCGACAGGAGAGAUUUCUUUUUUGCAUCCAGUUUCAAAGGGAAAACAAAGAUUUUUGAACAUAUAGUCGUUGACUUAAGUUUGUGAAGGUGUGAUUGGUGAAUUUAAAAGACAUGUAGCCCUGGCUCUCACAGGAGAGCGACCAAGAAGCAAAUACAAAAAAGAGCCAAGUUCAGAGCUCUGAAAUUAAAACCGCACUGGGGGAAUAGUUAGAAGUUUUCAAAAUUUUAGAACUCACAUUUUAAUCAGGGAUCGCAUUUAUUGGCUAAUUGCAUGACGUGUCCGUUCUCCCAUUUAAAAAGACAUCUUAAAGCCUGUUGUCACUGAGAAAAGAGUACAGCAUUAGCUCUUAACCAUCUAGGACAGUAAUGUGCUUUUUUUUUUUUUUUUUUAAUGAGGAAGGAGAAAGUUGGAUAAGAUGGGAUAGCUCUUAUAAUGAAAUAAACAAACAAACAAACAAAGACCAAACUAUGGGCCCUUCUCAUUCCAUUUUAGCAAUCCUUUUGGUAAGAACUCUUAAAGCCAAAGUCAGCUGAAAAGAUUUGCUGAUGAUUCGUUUAAAAAUCUGGUAACACUCAGCAAUGCUAUUUUGAGCCAUUUCAGUUUCCUGAAUCCCCCUUAAUAGCAGAACGUUGGCUAUUUCAUUGGCUCACGUAGACGCACAUCAUGGGUGUGUUAACAAAAUAAUGUUGGACGUUGCUUCCUUUACCACAAAGAGAAUACUCUGCUGAUGCAUAUCUAGGCCCAGCUCGGGCUGUAGGCCCAUGAGUGAGACAAAGGCAUUUCCCCUCUUCCUUGUGGUUCAAAGCCGGCCCCCGGGGGCGGCCAGAGCAAUACCGCUUGUUAGAUGCUCUCCCUGACCCAGCUGCUUCCCUGAACCCAUUCUUUUGAGUUUGUGGGUAACCAGCAGACAGGCCAAAGACUGAAUGGUGCUUUUCAUCCCAUCCUUCAAAGCAAUAGAACAGGUAUUUCCGCCUGAUGAGCAUUUGGUAGAAUUUCUGAAGCAAGAUUUUAUGGAAUCAAAAGAGGACUUUUCACAAGUCUCGGUGGACUUUGAAAACCUAGAGGUGGCCCUUUGAUCUGUGCAUGGCUUUGCCCUCUGGGCAACUUACUCUUAGAAAUCAUUGAGUACCAACCUACCAGCUGCCCACCUGCCUACCUCCCUACUCAUACGAUGUCCCGCUUUGUUGAUUUGCUAAUGUUGCUGCUGCAAGUACAGCCCUCCCAGAGAGGCUGAGGCACCAGAUGGCAGCACCCAGGGUGCUCAUGACGCUAAUGCCCCUUCCUGUCCCGGGAGCGUAGCACAGGAAAGCCCCCUGGGGCUCAGACGCUGACACGGGGCCAUGUACUGGCAGGGGCUCAUCCCCAGUAGGCUGAGGGUCUCAGGCCAAUCAGCAGGGACCGGCUUUGCAGCCAGACACACGGAGCCCCACACACCAGGUCUUCACCCAGGGGGCCAGAGCACCUAUGUCAAAAUGGGCUUCUCUGGUGUGGAUUACUGGGAAGCCCAUGGGCCCUGGUUUUGUGGAAGGUUCCCAGAGCAUGCGCUGCCCGAUUAGCUUGGUUCUCUUCAGAGAAUGUGAAGUGGAUUUGGGGAGUGGCUCUGAAAGAGCAACUCGACCACGUCUCUUGUCGCCCUGAAGUCAGCACAAUCAUACUGUACCGCAGUGUUAUUUUUUCACGAUUGUUUGCCAAGUCACGAGUAGGUAGAUGUUUCGCUACAAAUGUGAAUGCGUUGUUGUUUCUGGUGUUUAAGCAAUGCAGAUGAAGGCAAUAAAUAGCAUCGGUGUUGCAACAGCACUCCUGGGUCCAUUCUGGGACUGCAGGCUGAGGGCUUUCAGCCUAGGACACCGGGGGUUUUAAUGAAGGAGGUCAGCCGCACACGGCAGAUUGCUGCUUGAAACUUUCCUGCUAAGCACCAACCCCACAGGAGAAAAGCGGUUUGUUUUCAUUUUUUUUUAAGUGCGAAGUCACUCUUCCGCAUGCGUUCUUUUGCCUUCCUGGUUUACUCGAAUUGACUACAGAUGCCCCGAUCCCCACGUCGGAGCCGAAAGUGGGGCAGCUCUGGCAUUUCUCCGGCGGUGAGGAGGGGCAAACAACUCUUUCUGGCACAUGGAACCUUCCGACAAGCCCAGGCGGAAACAGGCGCUUGGCAAACAACGUAGGGUACAUUCAGACGGUCCCCGCGUCUGUGCCAGGUCGAGAUGACGCCCCCGAUUGCCGCCGCUUGUGGAGAAGGCAGUCGGGACACCUCUUCCCAGGGCUGCCUCUCCCGAGCAGGGCACCAGCUUCCCAGCUACGGGGCGGGGAGAGGGGCUCUUGCUGAGUCCAGGUGAGACGCUGGCGGGUCGAAGGCAGGUUGAGGGAACUGGGGGCUGGGUGAAGGCGAGAGGGUGGGCAAUCACCGCAGCCACAACCAGCUCCUCUUUUCUUUUCCUUCUGACAAAAUGAGACCAGAGUCUGCAGCCUACAAGAGUCUCCGUGCUGAGGGAGUAGCUAUUUGUUCUGGUCGACUUGCUGAAGGAGCAUAGAUGUUCUUGGCGCAAGUCGGUGGAAGCUUUGCUUCGUUAAUCCCACUGCUCCCUCCCAGGCAUCCCUUGAGUUUUAAACAAUUUCUGCAAGAAGCUUUUUUCUCCCCCAGUAAUAACGUAAGACGAGAAAAACAAACCAACAACACCAGAAACCCAAAGCGGAGAGAUACGUGGGACCGUCCCCUGUGAAGAUCGUUCUAGGCGGGGCUGUUCUUGUCCAUGCCUUCCCAUCCCCCAUUGGUUCCCAUCUUGUCAGCUUGUUUCUUCUUUACAGUCUCUGUGGCUAGGCUGAGUCCCUCCAGGUGGCCAAGUGGCCACGCCACACAGCCUUAAAGCGUGGGAUCAG